GUACAUUCAUCGUGCCCGAUCCUAAUCAGAAAAUCGUAAAAUGGUGCAUCUCUAUCUUACCUGUUUGCAGUAGGUUACCGUGCUUCGACAUUUGGUGAGUUUGACGGUAACGUUUAUAUUCCUUUCACAAACCCUAUUCCGAAGGGGAAAGGAAAAGUCAUUGAUCAAAUCCAAUUCGAAACGCACUGUCCCAUACUACACUCUGUGCACUAGACUCCCUCUCGAUCGUACGGCCCUCCUUUCUGAUUUGUCAAGCAAAAGAAUUUCCCCUUUCAUCUCACGAGUAUUUCAUCAUUCAUUUCCUGUUUUUUUUUUUGGUUUGAAUUUGUCGUCGUUUAACAGAGAUAUAGUAAACAUUUUGGUUUGUGGAUUGUGGAAAUUCUGGGAAUUUCGCCAAUAUAUGGGCUGGAGGGAUAAAUCUGCCCAAGAGGCUUGGAGGAGUAUGGAAAUCAAGUGCAAAUGCAAUCAUCACUUCCCGCUAUGAGACGAACGAGUUGGGUAACCUGAAUCCUGGUUUGCGGUGAAGAUGGCAUAGAUGUAAUAAUAAUAACUAUGGGGAAAGGAGAAGGGUCAGGUUCUGGGAAUUUGAAGUUGGCUCGUCCAACAGUUGCUGAGAAGCUCUGGGAUGGGUCCCUCCAGCUUAAUUCUUCUGUAACUGUGUCGGUUGUUGCCUUCUUCAAAAGCGGUGAAAGGAUGCCUUAUGUGCAGUGGUCUGAACUUGUAGAAGUCAAAGGAAAAGUUAGACUAGAGGCUUUUGAGAAAUAUAUUCAGGAUCUUGCUCGCUCACGCAAUAGAGGGUUGAUGGUAGUAUCACUUUGCUGGAAAGAAGGGUCUUCUGAAUCAGGACUGGCAGGCUUGAAAGAGGUUGCAAAAGGGUACAAGAAAGGGGAAAGAGUUGGGUUUGCUAAACUCUCUCCAGGUAUUGAUCUUUACAUAUGUCCUCGCAGUGAUGCCAUAAUCACCAUACUUGCAAAACAUGGAUUCUUCAAAGGCAUGGCUGCUGUUGAAGAUAAGCAGAACUCGUUAAUUGGUUGUGUUGUUUGGCGAAGAAAUCAUGGACCUUCUAAUUCUGUUAAAAGGGAGCUUGAAAGCAAGCAUUCUUCCUCGACAGAGCAGCGUCUGAGCUCCCGCUCUGAACAAAAGGUUCUGGGGAAAAAAAAUGACACACCAUGCACACAACCAGCUCAGGAAUCCCUCCCACUCACAUCAAUAGCAGACUGCAUAGGCGUUGGGAGUGCUGUAAUCAAUAGAAAUGAAGCAGGACUUCAAACAUCUUCGUGUUCUGACUCUAUCUGUCACUUCGGACCCAAGGGGCAGGCUUCUGAAAGGGAAAUGUCUCUUAUAGCUAACUCAGAAUCAGAGAAACCUAAAUCUAGUUUGGGACUUCAAAAUCCUGUCUUUUCGCUGCCAUCAGUUAUAACAAAAGAGCACAUUCCUGCUGUUGAUGAUGAUGAUCUUCCAGAAUUUGAUUUUGGGACUGCGUGUGAUAUAUCUCAAACUCCAAGAAAUAAGGUUUUAGAUAAUGCAGAAUUUCACAAGAAUGUUCUGGUUGAAGGAUUAAAGAAAAUUGUUGGGUCGUUGCCGCUGACUUCAACUAUACAGUCAGUACCUUCUCCAAAUAAAAGACGAGCAGAAAAUUUCCCUCUUCCUGAGUUUUCUUUCGACACCAUUCUGAACUUGCCUCCACGAAAGAAAGUUUAUGAACAUGAUCAGACCCCAGUAUUACCAAUUUUAGAACCAAAACAGACCACCAAAAGCAGCACAACCUUUACACCUAUUAUCACUACCAUAGUUGCACCACAGAAGAAUAUCUUUGAUGAUGAUGAUGACAUGCCUGAAUGGUGUCCACCAAAUGUAGAGCUUUGGAAGCAGACAGUUCUUGAAUCAGCAAAGGUAGUCACGGCUUCUAUCCAUCCUACUCUAUCAAACUCAGAGUUAGGAAGUCCAUCUCCAGGCCAUCCAAGUCCCCUGGCCUCAGCUUUAGCUGCCCAGUUGCCUAUUUCUACCCAAAGAUCCAAUCAUGCAAGUCAUUGUCCAAUAACUGCCUCUGUGAAACCAGCACAACCCAGACAAACUGAUAGAUAUAUACAGAAGGCUCCAAGUUCUUUGAUGCGGUCCAAUUCUAUCCCUCUUUGGAGGCCACCUGUCCACCCUCCUGGAUGGAGGGGCAGGGAGUGAUGAAACCAGCUUUCGGAGGUAAAUGUUAGAUAGUUAAAGUUCUGUAUAAAUGCUGUUCCAAAGGGGGUUGAGACUUCAUAGAAGCUAAGGUAAAGAGAAAUAUCAAUUUGUAAAUAAGCAGUUAGUUGAUGGGCAGGUUCAUAAGUGGACAUUACAGUUUUGCAACUUCUGUUAUCAGGUUUUUCUGAAUUUCAGAUUUAAAUGUUGUUUUAAUUUUUGUUUUCCCAUAUUUUUC